CAGCGUCAGUCAGUGGUCGCCAGUCAGUCAGUCAAGGAUAUGCAUUUCUGGGUCGCCGUCUGCCUGCUGGGGGUCGUGUGGGGUCUACCAGUGGACCCCCCAGACGCCCCCCCGGACGCCCCCUCUGGACGCCCCAGCAGCAGCACCACCACCAGCACCACCACCUUCCCCAGCAUCACCACCCCUGCGCCUAGUGGUGGAGGAGCUGGGCUGGGGGAGGAUGGGGGUGCUGGUGACGUCACCCCCAGGGUACUGGACGCCCACCCGGCCCAGCGCCGCAGCCUGAUGGGAGACGACAGGCAGGACGUUUUCUAUGGGGACCUGGGAUCCUUGGGGGCCUCCCCUGGGGGCCCGCCGUCACCCCAGCAAGGGUACAGUGGCCUGCAGGAGUUAGGACCCCUGCCACCACCAUCACCACCACCUCACCUCCUGCAGGGCUACAGUGAUCCCAUUGACCUGGGGCCCCCCUUGCCCCUCCAGCCACACUACGGCGAGCCACAGGGCCACGGCCCCCUGCUGCCACCCCAGCAGGAUCUUGGCGCACCCCAGGGUCAAGGCUACAGUGGUCCCUCUGACCAGGGCCACGGCCCGCCACCCCGCCAGCAGCAUCAUGACCUUGGUGACCAAGGCCCGCCACACCAACAGGGCCAUGACCUCCCUCGGGACCACGGGCCACCGCCGCCGCCAUUCCAGGACUUUGUUGAACCCCAGGGCCACGGACCACCCAAGCAAGGCUACAGCGGACCCCAGGGCCAGGGACCGCCACCCCAGCAAGGAUAUGAUGGGCCCCAAGUGUCAGGACCACCACCCCAGCAAGACUACGGCGGCCCCCAGGGACAAGGAUUCCCCCCGCCACCGUCAUUCCAAGACUUUAUUGAACCCCAGGGUCACGGAUCACCCCAGCAGAGCUACGGUGGACCUCAGGGUCAAGAACCACCGCCCCAGCAAGGAUAUAACGGGCCCCAAGUGUCAGGACCACCACCCCAGCAAGACUACGGGGGCCCCCAGGGUCAAGGAUUCCCCCCGCCACCGUCAUUCCAAGACUUUAUUGAACCCCAGGGUCACGGGCCACCACCCCAGCAAGGAUAUGAUGGGCCCCAAGUGUCAGGACCACCACCCCAGCAAGACUACGGCGGCCCCCAGGGACAAGGCUUCUCCCCGCCAUUGUCAUUCCAAGACUUUGGUGAACCCCAGGACCACGGACCGCCCCAGCAGAUCUACGGUGAACUUCAGGACCACGGACCAUCACCCCAGCAAAGUUACGGUGAACCCCAGGACCAGGGCCAACCACCCCAGCAAGACUACAAUGGCCCCCAGGGGCACGGGCCACCACCCCAGCAAGACUACAAUGGCCCCCAGGGCCACGGGCCACCACCCCAGCAAGACUACAAUGGCCCCCAGGGCCACGGGCCACCACCCCAGCAAGACUACAAUGGCCCCCAGGGCCACGAGCAAUCACCCCAGCAAGACUACAUUGGCCCCCAGGACCACGGGCCAUCACCCCAGCAAGACUACAAUGGCCCUCAGGACCACGGGCCACCGCCCCAGCAAGACUACAAUGACCCCCAGGACCACGGGCCACCACCCCAGCAAGACUACAAUGGCCCUCAGGACCACGGGCCACCACCCCAGCAAGACUACAAUGGCCCUCAGGACCACGGGCCACCACCCCAGCAAGACUACAAUGGCCCUCAGGACCACGGGCCACCACCCCAGCAAGACUACAAUGGCCCUCAGGACCACGGGCCACCACCCCAGCAAGACUACAAUGGCCCUCAGGACCACGGGCCACCACCCCAGCAAGACUACAAUGGCCCUCAGGACCACGGGCCACCACCCCAGCAAGACUACAAUGGCCCUCAGGACCAUGGGCCACCACCCCAGCAAGACUACAAUGGCCCUCAGGACCACGGGCCACCACCCCAGCAAGACUACAAUGGCCCUCAGGACCACGGGCCACCACCCCAGCAAGACUACAAUGGCCCUCAGGACCACGGGCCACCACCCCAGCAAAACUACAAUGGCCCCCAGGACCACGGGCCACCACCCCAGCAAGACUACAAUGGCCCUCAGGACCACGGGCCACCACCCCAGCAAGACUACAAUGGCCCUCAGGACCACGGGCCACCACCCCAGCAAGACUACAAUGGCCCUCAGGACCACGGGCCACCACCCCAGCAAGACUACAAUGGCCCUCAGGACCACGGGCCACCACCCCAGCAAAACUACAAUGGCCCUCAGGACCACGGGCCACCACCCCAGCAAAACUACAAUGGCCCCCAGAGCCACGAGCAAUCACCCCAGCAAGACUACAUUGGCCCCCAGGACCAUGGGCCACCACCCCAGCAAGGUUACGGUGAACCCCAGGGCCAGGGACCACCACUCCAGCAGGGCUAUAAUGGCCCUGAAGAGGCAGGAGCACCCCAGCAAGGGUACAGUGGCCCCCAGGACCAAGGACUGCCCCCGCCGCCGUCAUUCCAGGAAUACGUUGGGCCUCAGGACCACGGACCACCGCCCCAGCAAGGCUAUGGCGGCCCCCAGGGCCAUGGACCACCACCCCAGCAAGAAUAUGGCGGCCCCCAGGGUCAGGAACCACCUCCCCAGCAAUAUCCCAGCGGUCCCCAUGGUCAGGGACCGCCGCCCCAGGAUUACAAUGGCCUGGGGAAUCAAAACUUUUCCCCACAGCAGAGCUACAACGCCCCCCAUCAAGGGCCACCCCCCCAGCAGGGCCACGGUGGGCCUCCUCCCCCGCCGCCAGGCGAGCAACACCCACAACACUACACCAACAACGACGAGGGCCCCUCGGCGCCGUACAAGUUUACGUACCAAAUCACGGACCCCCUGCGCGGCUCCCAGUACGGCCACAGGGGAGAGAGCGAUGGCACGAAGGUCACCUGGGACUAUUUCGUGAAGACACCACACGGAAAUCAGGAGGUCGCACAAAGCAAGUCUGAACACGUCAACUCCAGUGGUGGUGGUGGUGGUGGUGACCUGACCGGAUACUCAACCAAGUAACUUCUUCAACACCAAUAGCAGUAGUAGAAGUAGUAGUAGUAGUAGUAGUUUGAUAUUAUUUAUAGUAUGUGUUGUUGUUGUUGUUGUUCUUGUUAUUACUAUUAUUAUUAUUGUUAUUGUUAUUUUUUCAAGGAUGUAAUUUUUAUUUCCUACUGUGUGUGUGUGUGUGUGUGUGUGUGUGUGUGUGUGUGUGUGUGUGUGUGUGUGUGUGUGUGUGUGUAUGUACGUAUUUAGUUUGCAUACAAGAAAAAAGCAUAAAAAAACACCAAUAAAUAAAAGAUGACGAUUA